GGGGAUAUAUAUAGGUCUAAGGGGUCUGGCCUCGUUCGUCUUUUUCUGUAUCGACGGAUUUGAUUUGCUUUCGGGGUGGUUCCGGAACAAGAUCUCUUCCACUAUUGUUUCAGCCAUGUCAAGUUUAUCUGUCAGAAGGGUGUCACCUGAAGACAUUCAAUUGGUUCAGAAUCUAAUUGAACGUUGCCUCCAGCUUUACAUGAACCAGAAAGAAGUUGUCGACACUCUACUUGACCAGGCUAAGAUCGAACCUGGUUUUACUGAACUUGUUUGGCUGAAGCUUGAAGAAGAGAACCGAGAAUUUUUCAAGGCAUAUUAUCUGAGACUCAUGGUAAAGCACCAGAUCAUUGAAUACAACAAGCUCCUUGAGCAGCAGUUUAACCACAUGCAUCCUACCAGAGGGUCUUCCGUACAAAACAGGAUUGCUUCUCAUCUUCCAUCAAUGAAUCAGCAACCAUUAUGCUUUGAACACAAGGACUCUGAUCAGUCCUCUCCUUAUCGGUCAUAUCUCAAUGGAGGCUCAGCAAUUAACACAAAUAUACCUUCUUAUGUGGACUUUUCAACCAAUUCUAGAAGAUUUGAUCCUCCACAUAAAUUGCUCUCCUCUCAGGCCACAAAUAUUCCUUUGAUGCAAGGAAUGAUUAAAUCUGAGACAGUAUAUUCAAACUGUGCUCCGUACAUAUAUGGUGGUGAAGCACGGUCCACAGUUGGAGAGGCCCCCAUUGCAUCUUUCAGCAACGACUCCAGCAGUCAAUCCCUCAAUGAUCCACUUGUUGAUGCAGACGCUUCUACAUUUGGGUUCUUAGGUCAAAUUCCUCGGAACUUCAGCCUCUCUGAUCUGACAACUGAUUUUUCCCAGAGUUCAGAUAUUCUGGAGAGAUACGAUGGAUCACCAUUCCUAUUGAAUGAUGCUGAAAACUUCCUGGACUCUAGCGAAAAGGUAGAUCAUCAAGGAGACCACGAGAGAUUGGGGACUAUAUCUGAAGGCUUCAGUUAUGAAAACCUACGUAGCAAAUAGGUUUGUUACAUACGGAGCUUCAUCAUCAUGCUUUUGACCUUUGCAAUUUAAUCACAUGGUCACUGUACAUAGAGAUAUUCUUACGUUUUGAGUGGGGUGUAUACUGAUAUUAUUAUUCUCAAUUGUAGAGUAUUUUGGUUUUAGUUAUAAUUAUUUAUGGAGCAGUUUGUUUUGA